UAUAAAAUAUUGUCCUAAGUGGGCUUAGGUGUUAAGAGGCAACAGAGACACACGCUCACAAAUGCAAGCAAGCCAAUAUCCAAAAAUCCAUCAUCUUUGAGACUUUGACUCUUGGAAGUUGGAAACUUUCUCAUGCCCAAAUCAAUCUAAGACACGCAUAUAAUCCGGGCCAGCUUUCACGGAUUCUUCUCUUGUAUUUAUCUUUCUUUUCCUUCUUUUUUUUCUUUUUUUUUUUGGAGGAAAAAAAUUUGGUUCAAUUAUUGGAAGCUGGGGUUGAUUAAAGUUGAAUAUUCAAGCACUUGGGCUCAGAAUCUCAUCUGGGAAUUGGACAGUUCUCUUUUUUGUGCCGUUGGUUUUGGCUCAAAAUCUCAUUUGGGGAAUUUACAGUUCUUGGGUAAUUAAAUUGACACUUGAGAAAAGUUACACAAUUGGGGAAUAGACUAUGAUAUUGAUCCCAAUUUGAGAGUACCGACAUUGACAUUUGAGGAAGAAACAUGUCUCUUGGAGGUCGCUUCUGUGAGGAUGUGGCUGAGUCUCGUAUGGCGUUUGCAGAUUCUGAUGUUGCAACUUCCACUGGUGAUGUAAGGACUUCCCCUUUCAGAAAAGCUGCCCCUGGUUUGCUUGGAAUUCCUGGAAUGCCAUCAAACCACAAUGUGCAUGACCUACUCGAGUGUCCUGUUUGCAUGAAUUUAAUGUGUCCUCCAAUUCACCAGUGUCCAAAUGGCCAUACUCUCUGCUCGAGCUGUAAGGCUAGAGUGCACAACUGUUGCCCGACGUGUCGCAAUGAACUUGGAAAUAUAAGGUGCUUGGCACUGGAGAAAGUAGCAGAGUCGCUGGAUCUUCCUUGUAGAUACCAAAUUUAUGGUUGCCAAGAUAUAUUCCCAUACUACAGCAAGCUAAAGCAUGAGAAAAUCUGUAAAUAUCGUCCAUACAACUGCCCUUAUGCUGGAGCUGAUUGUUCUGUCACAGGAGAUAUCCAACUCCUUAUGAUGCAUCUUAAAAAUGAUCACAAGGUUGACAUGCAUGACGGAUGUACUUUCAACCAUAGAUAUGUUAAAUCCAAUCCCCAAGAAGUUGACAAUGCUACAUGGAUGUUGACCAUUUUUAACUGUUUUGGGCGUCAGUUUUGCUUGCAUUUUGAGGCUUUCCACAUUGGAACUGCACCUGUUUACAUGGCCUUCCUUCGGUUCAUGGGUGAUGAUGAUGAGGCAAAGCAAUUCACUUAUAGUCUUGAAGUUAGUGGCAGUGGCAGAAAGCUUAUAUGGCAAGGAAUUCCUAGGAGUAUCCGAGAUAGCCACAGAAAAGUUCGUGACAGUCAAGAUGGACUAAUCAUUCAGAGGAACUUAGCACUCUUCUUCUCCGGUGGUAAUAGGCAGGAACUGAAGCUGAAAGUCGCUGGUCGUAUAUGGAAAGAACACUGAGAUAUAAAACUAGAAACUUGUUCAAAGAUAUUUGUAACCUUUUGCUGUGAAAAAUAAAAGGUUGGAAGGAAGUCAGGGCUUAACUAUGUAAGAAGGCUGGAUUUAUGUUGCUUGAUAAAAUUAAGAUGCUUUGGUUGAUUAGUUUAUCUUGGACAGUGUUUUGACUAUGGAUCUUCUGUAAGUAACAAAAAAGGCAGGGACUA